CAGCGGGCGGUGCGGGCGGGCGGCCCUCCCCUCCCCUCCCCGCCCCUCCCCUCCCGGGCCCUGCGCGGGGCGGGCGGCCACCCGGAGCCGCUAGAGUUGACGCACCCGGGAGGGAGAUGCGGCCGGGGCUCGUGCUCCUUGCAGCUCCGCAGCCAGCAUAAUGCUGGAGCCCCGGGCGGCAGGCAGCGCUCACCAUGGCCGAGCAGGAGGCCCACCUGGACGGCAUCGUCCCCUCGUCCCUCCUCCCACCCUUCCGGGCCCGGCUGGCUGUGGCACUGGUCUCCCUGGCGUGUUUUGCACGGAGCUAUGAUGGUGAUUUCGUCUUUGACGACUCUGAAGCUAUUGUGAACAAUAAGGACCUCCGAGCAGAGACGCCCCUGGGAGACCUGUGGCACCACGACUUCUGGGGCAGCCGGCUGAGCAGCAACACCAGCCACAAGUCCUACCGCCCGCUGACGGUGGUGACCUUCAGGAUUAACUACUACCUGUCUGGGGGCUUCCACCCACUGGGCUUCCACGUGGUCAACAUCCUGCUGCACAGCGCUGUCUCUGUGGUCCUGCUGGAUGUUUUCUCCGUGCUCCUGGGGGGCCUGCAGUUCACCAGCAGGGGGCGCCGGCUGAACCUGGCCCCCCGCGCCUCCCUGCUGGCCGCCCUGCUGUUCGCCACGCACCCAGUGCACACGGAGUGUGUGGCUGGUGUGGUCGGCCGUGCAGACCUCCUGGGAGCCCUGUUCUUCCUCCUGUCUUUCCUCAGCUACUGCAGAGCCUUCCGAGAAAGUGGCAGAGAGGGGCCCCGCCCUAUACUGUGGGUGAUGUUGAGCAUCCUCCUGGGAGCCGUGGCCAUGCUGUGCAAGGAACAAGGCGUCACCGUGCUGGGUCUGAACGCCGUCUUUGACAUGCUGGUGGUCGGGAAGCUGAACGUCCUGGACGUGCUCCAGAGGGUACUGCGGAAACACAGGUCAUCAGAGGUCCUUGGCGGCGGUGGGCCUAGGAGAGCAGGGCUCCUCUGCAGGGUGGCCCUGCUGGCCACGGGGGCCGCUGGGGUGCUCUAUGCACGUUGGAAGAUCAUGGGCACUGGGCCUCCCGCCUUCACCGAAGUGGACAACCCUGCCUCCUUCGCAGACAGCCUGCUGGUCAGGGCCGUCAACUACAACUACUACUACUCCCUCAACGCCUGGCUGCUGCUGUGCCCCUGGUGGCUGUGCUUUGACUGGUCCAUGGGCUGCUUGCCCCUCAUCACGUCCCCCCGCGACCUCAGGGUGCUGGCGCUGGUGGCUCUGUGGCUCUGCCUCGCCGGCCUCCUGGGCCAGGCCCUGUGCUCGCAAGACGGCCACAAGCGGAGGGUCCUCACGCUCGGCCUGGGGCUCCUGGUCAUCCCGUUUCUCCCCGCCAGCAACCUGUUCUUCCGCGUGGGCUUCGUGGUGGCCGAGCGAGUGCUCUACCUCCCCAGCGCCGGCUACUGCGUGCUGCUCACCAUGGGUCUGGGCGCGCUUGGCAGGCACACCGGGAAGAAGAAAGUAAUCGCCGCUCUCGUCCAGGGAGUUCUGCUCCUGAACACGCUGAGAUGCGUGGCCCGCAGUGGGGAGUGGCGGAGUGAAGAGCGGCUCUUCAGAAGUGCCCUGUCUGUGUGUCCUCUGAAUGCUAAGGUUCACUACAACGUUGGCAAGAACCUGGCUGACAGAGGCAACCAGACAGCUGCCAUCAGAUACUACAGGGAAGCCGUGAGGCUGAACCCCAAGUACGUUCACGCCAUGAACAACCUGGGAAAUAUCUUGAAGGAGAAGAACGAGCUACAGGAGGCGGAGGAGCUGCUGUCCUUGGCUGUGCAGAUCCAGCCCGACUUCGCCGCAGCCUGGAUGAACCUAGGAAUCGUCCAGAACAGCCUGAAACGGUUCGAGGCGGCGGAGCAGAGCUACCGCACGGCGAUCAGACACAGGAGGAAGUAUCCCGACUGUUACUACAACCUGGGGCGUCUGUACGCGGACCUGAACCGCCAUGUGGACGCCUUGAACGCCUGGAGGAAUGCCACGGUGCUGAAGCCUGGCCACAGCCUGGCCUGGAACAACAUGAUCAUCCUGCUGGACAACACCGGAAAUUUAGCUCAGGCUGAAGCGGUGGGGAGAGAGGCCCUGGAAUUAAUUCCUAAUGAUCACUCUCUGAUGUUCUCCUUGGCAAACGUGCUAGGCAAGUCCCAGAAAUACAAGGAAUCGGAAGCUUUGUUCCUCAAAGCGAUUAAAGCUCAUCCAAAUGCGGCAAGUUAUCAUGGUAAUUUGGCUGUGCUGUACCACCGCUGGGGGCAUCUUCACUUGGCCAAAAAGCACUAUGAGAUCUCUCUGCAGCUGGACCCCACCGCAGCGGGCACCAAGGAGAACUAUGGUCUUCUGAGAAGAAAGCUCGAACAGACACAGAAGAAAGGCGGCUGAUCCUUUGUCCUUCACUUUCUGAGUGUGUGUGUGUGUGUCCUUCACUUUCUGAGUCUGUGUGUGUGUGUGUGUGUGUCCUUCACUUUCUGAGUGUGUGUGUGUGUGUGUGUGUGUGUGUGUGUGUACGCGAGACCUAUCUGUCAUUUCCAUCUGACCUGGUGUUUCUUUUAUUGUUACCUUUGUUUUCCUUAUGAGAACAGAGACAUUCGUAAAAGAUUACAGCACCAGCAAAUACACUCUUAAAUGCCGGAUGUGGGUUUGCAGACAGCUCAGAUGUCCCAUUUCUAAAUUUCAAGGAGGAUGCCCCUCCCGUUUGUUUUGUUUUGUUUUGUAUUGUUAGUUACAAAAGCCAAAGGAGUGGCCAGAGGGAGAUAACAGCAUAAUGGUUAUGCAAAAAGAUUCUCAUGCUGGAGGCUCCAAAGCCUCAGGUUCAAUCCCCUGCACCACCAUAAACCAGAAUUGAGGAGUGCUUCUGGUUAAAAAUAAUAAUAAUAAUGAAAAGUAAAAAAAAAAAAACUCUCAUGAGCCACUGAGUAGAAUUCUGACUGCAUUUGGGAUGAGGAGAGCCAAGUAGUAUG